AUGACUAAGACUGACAUACCUGAACAGUUACUAGCUGGAGAUGAGUUUGGACCUUGGAUAGUGAAUGUUACAGAGACCCAGAGUGUUCAUGUAACUAGUGAAAGAGACUUCCAGUCCAGGUUGCUGUCAUUUUUAGCAAAUGAAGGGAAGACACUAGCUGAUGUCUCAUGCUUACUAACCUCUGCUUCUGCUCCACCCACCGCUCCAGACCUGAACACAAAGCUGGUGAAUGCAAUCUCCUCACUAGUUGAAAAAUGUCAAGCCACGCCUGUGGAUGGACCGGGCUAUCGCAAGCUACGCAUGUUCUCAGGUAUGAAACCCACUCCGCAUGGAGAAGAGGAGUAUGAUGCUUGGGCGGAACAGACCACCCACAUGUUAGAUGAGUGGCAGUGUUCUGAUGUUGUUAAGAGACAGAGAGUAGCUGAGAGUCUUAAAGGGCCAGCAGCCGAUAUUGUCAGAGGUUUGAGAGUCACUAAUCCUCAGGCCACUGCCAAUGACUACCUUAAAGCUCUUGAAACAGCUUUUGGAACCACAGACAGUGCAGCUGAUCUCAUGGUGAGGUUUCGUAAUACAUUCCAGCAAGAUGGUGAGAAAUUAUCAGCCUACUUACUCAGAUUAGACAAGCUAUUGCAUGAAGUCCAUCGUAAAGGCGGAAUUGAAGUGAUUGACAUGAACCGAGCACGCAUUGAUCAAGUUGCUAGAGGCUCUCUGCCUCAUGACCUUGUAGCCCUUCGCAUAAGACUGACUUACAAACUCAAGCCUCCUCCCAGCUUUACUGAAUUGCUUCGGGAUGUAAGAGAAGAAGAGGAGAUGAUCCUUGAAAGACCGAAUGUACAGAAAGUUACAUCUUUAGCUAUUAGUAAGCGCACAGAGUGUGCUUCAGCCUCAGUUGUACCUGUUUUGCCAGAGCCUGCGCCAGUCCUGCAAGAUACUGCAAUAGAGAGUCUAAGGAAAGAAUUUCAAGGUCUCAAGACUGAUGUUGCACGCCUCCUUUCUGCCUCUGUGACUGCAUCGGCAAAUGUGGCACAGCAGGUAGACCAGAACCCUAGCCAAAAAGCUACUGGAAACUCAUAUGCACGUGUGAAGGAGAGAGCUCCCAAACCUCAGUAUCGUGCUGAUGUCUUCUGCUACAGAUGUGGUGAAGAUGGUCAUUUCCAGCGGGAGUGUCCAAACCCAGAAAAUCUCAGAAAAGUGAACAAGCGUCUCUUGAAAUUAAAACAGCCGAUGGGAAACUUUCCAGGGGCUCAGUAG